AGAAUGAUGAAAGCCUAGUGUAAAAGCAAGCAUAGUGUUUACCAAUGUAUAUAGGUGUAAAUUUUGUAAGUUUUUUGUACUGAACUACUGUGAAAAAUCAUUUACACAAAGUAUUUAUGAUGAAUAAAGCCAGCAAAAAUUCAACAUCAAAAAGUAAACCUAAAGCUAAGAAAAAGCGAGAUGGCUGUGAAGUUGAUAGUAAUGGCGUCACAGAGGAAGCUCUGCGCCACCCUGCAAAAAACUCUCAUGGUGGCAGUAAGGCAUUGCCUUCUGCGCUUAAAAUCCUAUCAAAAGGACUGCCCAAUGGUGUUAUUGGACCAACAGGAGGCAACCAAAUUACAUCAUCCCAGCACAAUAUUCCAGAUGGUAAAUUGAAGAAUGAUGUUGAAAAAGUGUCAUCUAAGGUGAUCAAUGCUAGUGAAAAUGGCAGUAAAGAGAAAUCUGCAGUCAGCAUUGAUGCUAAGCAUUCGUUUUCAUGCUCAUAUUGCUGCAUCAGUUUUCCUACUCAGAGUGAAUUGCUUCUUCAUUGCCGAACUCAAGAACAUCAGGCCACCAUCAUGUCUGAUGAUGGACAUGACUGGCAGCACCGACCACCUCCUCGAGGCCUCACAAAUGCUGAAUUCAAGCUUUGUUCAAGCGUUGGCCAAGGUUGGCCAGUACGCUGCAGGCUGGGAGAACAGUGCAUUGGGGCGCAUAGUGAGGCAGAGCUGGCGGAGUGGCAGCAGAGGUUUGAGUAUCGAGCACUGAAACUGCAGGAGGCAAGAGAAAAGCAUCUACAUGGAGCUUCUUAUUCAGACCAACUCCUAGAUAGGCUCAGCAAUGCCCAGCACCAACACACCAUUGUCACUGAUGAGACCCAGGGAAUUGUUGCUGUUCAUCCGACUGCCACACUUUGUGUGUCUGAGAAGACAUCUUCUCACAUUUGGGAACUUAUGGUUUCAAAUGGAUGCCCUCUCUCAGUAGUUGCACUACUCCAUGACACUAAUAGAAGCCAUUUCUCAUUAGCGUCUGUUGCUAGAGUGACUCUCGACAACAAUGGUAAAGUGAUCAGUAAACGAAGCAAUUCAAACACUGGUUUUGUUGAAGUAACAACUGAUGGAGAAAUUGGUUAUCAAGAAUGGUGCAAUCCUAACCUUCAAGAAGAGCAACUUGAAUCAUCAAAUGAAUCAAAGCUUGUGUACCAAGUGUGUGUCAAGUUUCAGACUGACAUCUAUGGAACCUUUAGACAAACAGUUAUCCUUGAUUUAGGAAAAGAACCUGUUCUAUUGCAACGACUUUGUGCUGACGUUAUUCCCGUGAAUGAAAUGCAAAAGCUUGAGAAGACAAAGAAUGUUGUCAUCAGUCAAGCUCAGAGGUGGUGUAAAGAAAAUGCCACCAUAAUACGAUCUUUUGAUGACCCCUCGGCUGUUGCUGACAAGGAUCCUGCCUACAAUGACCUUGAUAAUGAAGUUCUUGCUCUCUACCCUCCUCCUACAAACAUGAACUUUGUCAUCUCACAAUCUACUUUAGAUAAAGCUGUAACAAAAGAAAAUUAUCGCUCAAGGUUUCAUGACCUACUCUACAUGGAAGAAAUUGCACAGUUUGAACUCAUGCGCCGCUUCAACAUCAAAAUGAGUAUCUUGGCCACCCGCAGCUACAUCCUCAUGCCUUCAACUUCUUCAAUGGCUAAAUAUGCCCCUCCUGGAGAGCUGUUUGCGCGUCUUGAGUUGUCAUCUGACAUCUCAGAAGAUUCCCCUCAUGGCCGCCUCAUCCUGACAAACUGCAACUCUAUUCUCAUAGCUGCAGUUCAAGAUGAACAAAAUAACUCUGCUGAUGGCACUAAACCAAAGCGGGUUGUCUUUGAGGCCAUCAUUGAAGACAAAACCAAGAAGGAGAUCUACGUGAAGCUGAACCAGCGCGUUGUGGAGGAAUUGCAACUCGUACCAGAGGAAGAAGUGACACUGGAAGUUCAGUUUCAGCUCAACAGGCUGCCCCUUGCUGAGAUGCACUUUGCUGUAGACAGAAUACAUCAGCUUGGGCUGCUCUUCCUCGAUCCUGAUGUGCAAACUGUUAUUCCUCAGCCAUCCAAGGCAGACUUGGAGGCUCAGUUUGCCGACACUCGACUCAACCCUAAGCAGCGGGAGGCUGUCAUCGCCAUGACCGCUCCUGUGCUCGUACCCCUACCUCCCAUCUUGCUUAUUGGCCCAUUUGGCACUGGCAAGACGUACACCCUGGCGCAGGCAUUGAAGCAAAUUGUGCAGCAACAGGGAACUAGAGUCCUCAUCUGUACGCAUUCUAAUAGUGCCUCUGAUCUGUACAUACGAGAAUAUCUUCACCCGUUCGUCAAAAGUGGCCUGACUGAAGCUAAGCCUCUUCGCAUAUACUACCGCCACAGAUGGGUUGCAACUGUACACAGUGAUGUUCAAAAGUACUGCCUGAUUGAGAUGGAGAACGGCAUGCGGCGGUUUGUGAUGCCUACGCAGGAGCAGGUGCUGCAACACCGCGUGGUCGUCACUACCCUCAACACCUCGCGAUGUCUCUUCGAUCUCGGGCUAGACAGAGGCUCUUUCACCCACAUUCUGGUGGACGAGGCAGCACAAGCGAUGGAGUGCGAGGCGAUCACGCCCCUGGUGCUGGCGGGCCCCAACACCCGCGUGGUGCUCGCCGGGGACUACAUGCAGCUCAGCCCUGAGGUGUUCUCCCCGUUCUGUGAGGAGAAGGGCCUCGGCUUGUCUCUUCUUGAACGGCUCUACGACCACUACCCUGCCGACCACCCCUGCAAGAUACUCCUUCUGGAGAACUAUCGAUCUCAUCCUGCUAUCAUUAAGUACACCUCGGACCUGUUCUACGAGGGGCGUCUACAGGCGAGCGGAAACCUCACCCCACAUCCCAAGUUCAAGCCCCUCACUUUCUUCACGGCCAAGGGCGAGGAUGUCCAGGACACAUCAUCUACGGCCUUUCAUAACAACAGCGAGGUGUACGAAGUGUGUGAGCGCAUCAGUGAGAUCAUCAAGAGCUGGCCCAAGGACUGGGGUCCCGUGAACGACACCAGCAUCGGCGUAGUGACGCCCUACAUCGACCAGGUCGUGCGCAUCCGAACUGAACUGCGGCGCAGGAGGCUGCAUAAAGUCUGCGUGGAACGUGUCCUGAACGUGCAGGGCAAGCAGUUCCGAGUGGUUGUGUUGUCAACCGUGCGCACGCGGCACACGUGUUCGAACGGUGACGCUGGCCUCGACUUCGGCUUUCUGUCGAACGCGAAGCUCCUGACCACAGCCAUCACGCGCGCCCAGAGUCUAGUGGCCGUCGUGGGGGACCCUAUGUCUUUGGUGUCCGUUGGCAAAUGCAGGAAAUUAUGGGAGACAUUUGUUUACGCGUGCUACGAAAGUGGGUCCCUGUACGGCACAACCUGGGCAGCUCUUCGGGCUCAGUUGGAUGGCGUUGAGCUCAAAAAAACUUUCGAACUUAACCCACUAGCUCCCGAAUUCGUGCCUCGCUUCUUGCGCGUGGCUGCUACUGAAGGCGUAGAAGCUGCUGCUCAUGCUGUGGCUGCUGCCGUUGCUGCUGCUGCCGCUGCUGCUAAUUCAUCUUCUCAGCGACCGAUGCAGGUGACGGAAAAUGUGCAGUUUCAGCCACAGCAACAGACGCAACAACAGCAAUCAUCCAUCCACCUACCACAGCAGCAACAACAACAGCUACAGAUGAUGCCCCUUCAAGCAUCAACGGUGAUCCUGGGAACAGCUGCCACUACUGCAAAAGGUGGCGCUGUCUUUCCCAACUUUGGAGGUUACAAUACUGUCGUCUCACCAUCUUACUUUGCGCCCACGACUGCUACUGCUCUCCCCUCUUCCAUCGCAGCCGCCACUGUCACCCCGCCUUUCUUCGUUAACGCGCCUCCUCCCCAGCAACAACGAGCUCCUCCUCGUCCUCCUCCUCCCACUGCCACGCCUCUGCCUCCACAUCUCCUGCGUUUGUACAAGCCCCCUUAUCCGUCCGACCAGCUGCCUCCUAUGUACACGCCGCCGCCUCCCCUGCCGUCGUACAACCUCAUGACGGCCCCGCCACUGCCCCCCUCCUGGCAGGCAUCGGCCGUUACCUCCAGCUCCACAGUCCCCCCACCUCGAGCCUUGGCGGUUGCCCUUCCUUCAGUAGUGGUCGCUGCGUCGGCGAAAGCACCGCCGUUCUUACCUCCUCCACCAACCGCGCAGAUAAUCACUGCCAACGCUGCUGCCAACCUUGGCAUGGGGGCAUCGCAGCAGCAACAGUUGUUGCAGCUACAGCAGUUGCAGCUCCAACAGCAGCAGCAACAACUGUUGCGGCAAUCUAACUUAUUGUCACAGCAGCAACAGCAACAAUCGACAGUGCUAGACUUGCAGCGCCAGCAGCAGCAGCUGCAGCAGCAACAGCAGAUGGCAGUAGCCUGUACUUCUGCUGCUGUCCUGAGCUUACAAAAGCAACAAAAUUCCAUUGAUAAGUCCAACGCAUUGAGCUCACUUAAUUCAAGCAACGGUUUACAGUUCUUGAACAACAUCCAUUUCCCAGAAAACGACAGUGUUGAUGGAUCAAACAUCUUGGACGCUAGCGUUACUUCUGGCGCAGGCAUUACUGUUGGAGAUCAGAGCGUGACUUCCGUUCAUAACUCCUGGGCUUCUAAAGAUCAGCAGCAGAUUCAACAGCAACUGCUUUUGCAACAGCAACUGCAGCAACGCCAGCUGCAGCUGCAACAACAACAACAACAACAAUUGUCGUUCAGCAGAUUAGGAUUGUCAGAUGGGCUUUCAGACACUCCCUUCACCGGCACAGAAACGUCAAGAAUAUCCAUAGCUGACAACAAAGCUGACGCUUGGCGCUCUGUAAACUCUAUUACUGCGAACGCUGGCAGUGACGCCAGCCUGAUGUCGAGGAACGGUCUUAAUUCUGCUUUCUCCAGUCAAAUGACGCCUGGUAAAAAUGACGCCAUCCCCAACAUAGCUAGUGCUGGUAAGAUGCUCACUGUUCAGGAAGUUGAGAUGAACCAGAAAUUCCUUCAGCCACGCUUCCUGUUGCAACAGCAGCAACUCCAGCAGCAGAACCUGGGCCUGUCGGACACGUCUGUGCUCCCCAGCAGCGAUGGUAUCAACAGUUCUAGGUUACCUUCAUCUCGUCCCUUGAGUAUGACAUCAAAUAUCAGUGCUAGCCUUGGUGGGGGCGAGUUGUUAUCGCAACAUCACAUGAAUAACUCAUCAUUGUCAAGCAGCAGUCGCCUCGGUGGAAGCGCGUUUUCUUUAGUCAAUACAACCAUGACCGAUCGAAGUGCGUCUCCACCUCCUGGCUUCAGCGGUCUCUCUAUUCAAAAUUCCUUGAACCAACUUCGGGUUUCUGAUGGAAUUCAAGCAUGGCAACAACAAGAAUCAGGCUCUCGUGGGGUGGCCACUAAUCUGCCGCUUUACUUGAGACGCGGCACCAAAGAUCGGUCUCAUGAAGAUCUGAUCAAUUCCGCGUCUUUGUCUGGAGUACAGACGCAGAGAGAAGACAACAGGCACUCGAUGAUCCCAGAUUUAUCUGGCAGCAGUGGAAGCAAUUACUUGCUGAAUACAAAGAGUUCGUUCCUUCCCCUCUCUUCUCAACAGUCAAGCCCGUUACCGAAUUCGUCCAUUUCGGCUUCACUCCUGGCCAACUCACGAUCUAAUUUAGGUAACUCUUCUGGCUUCAGUCAAAGUUUUGGACAACUGGGCGACAUUUCCAGCGGCAGCAACUUACGCAUGAACUCGUCAGUAAUUAACAGUUCUAAUACAAGCAACUCUCUAUUCGGAAAUCAUUCAGGCGUUAGCGAUAGUCGCAGCCUGUUCAGCAGUGGAGUUGGCAGCCUCGGAGGUGACAGCGGACUCUUUGGUAGCAGCGCCAGCGGCUUGGUUCGGUCGUCUUUGAGCAGCACAAGCGACGGCUGGAGCAAAGGCAGCAACGUAACUGGUCCUUCAGCAACUUCUUCCGCCGACCUGCCGAGACCUGCUGACCCACUUAGCAGCCUCAAUUCUCUGAGUCACUUGGGCGUCAUGUUCGGCGGUUACGCAGGAGCAACGCCUUCUAGAGCUGACGUAACUACUCCCGCCAACACCUCGACCGACGAGAAAACUUAUGCGGGUGUCUUAAGGUUAGCUCUGCAACAGCAGGCGAACGACAGGACCUCAAACACAAGCUAAGAGUCGUCAUCAUACAACGAUGUAUUUAACACGAACCUGUGUUCCAUAACACGCAAUGCUUUUAUCAGACGUCAUCUCAAGUGGCUGGGGUUUAAUACGUUGUUCCGCUAGCCGCUCAUAUUUGUUCUAUCCUAAUGAGUGAUGGAUAGAGAAAAAAUUUUGCUUUUUCUAGUGAGGUGUAACCUACUACAGUAUUUUGUCCUGUUUAGUGUUAUAUUUAGGUUUCAUAUGAUGAAAGAACGUGUUGUAAGCGUUGUCAAUAAAUUAAUCCUUUCUCACGUCUAAUGAUUGAAUUUAUCAAUCGCAAUUUUGCGUGAAAUAUUUUGAGAGUUUUUGCUAGUCCUAAAAUCAAUUUCCGAAGUAGAAAAUAAUCUUUGUGUGGAACAGGAAUCGUUGCUUGUGUUUCUGAAUUACAAUUAUUAUUUCCACAAAUUUUAUGCGGUUCAGCACUCACUAACAUUUGACUUAUCAUUCCGUUCUUUUCUUCAGCUUGAUUCUUGUACUAGACCUAACUUAUCUGCAUCACUCAAUUACGUAUCUCAGUCAUUCUUCUUUUGCAACCUUCUUUUUUGAAGGCUAGUUUUUAUGAGUUGUGCGAAAAAUACGAUGCUGUACCAAAUAAAAUUGUGGUCCUUGGUAUGUAUUUUACGUGAAUGCUUCUUUGGAGCUCACGCGGAACUGUGCACUUUCAAUUCGCACCGCACGAAUUUUAUUCAAUGGACAAACCUGCUAUUUUUACUGUGGGUGAACUUGAUAGAUUUGAUGGCGAGACAUGUUAAAUUUUCGAUCUCGUUUGUUCGUUUAACAUCUGUUAUCCGAUACGGUUGCUUAGAUAUCACGUCGUCGCGGUUACAUCUUUUUCGUGACGUUGCUGGUAUCUAUUUGGUUGCUUCCCAUACAAAAAAUUGAUUGCAUUUUUUUCUAUCAGGGCUUUAAAAUCUCGAUGUCACCUAAAAAUUCUUUAUCAAUACACUAAUAAUAUUAUGGCUAUAUUAUUCCUUAACGUGGCUUUGCUCUUUAUUCUCGUGUAUUCAUCGUAAUUUUUCGAUGCUUCAUAUUUUAAAAAUACAAUGGAACUUUCGUUAUUUGGACUCAUUUCUGUCGUAUACUUAACUUUCUUUGACAAAAUGUCGGAAGUACGAAUUUCAUCCUUUCCCUCACAUUUUUUUUUAUAUUGAAGCUCCCUAGUUCUUAUUGAUCAAAAAUUUCUCUUAGAUAAUAAAUAAAAAAUGUUCUGAAUGCAUUUCUUCCAACUUUCCUAAGUUUUUCUGGCACGUCUGAAUUGUUUAUCGGCACUUGAAACUCUUGAUUGUAUCAUAAUGUCUUGUUCGUGAUCAAUAUUCCUUGCAUAGUUUCCGGAAAAAGACAUCCUUUGUCGUCCUAAGUCGUCUGCUAUUACCGUUUCAAUGUUGGAAGCUAUUUACGUAACUGAUCGUCGGUAGUUUCUCUAGAGCAUUCGUUUCCAGCAAUACGCGUAUCUUUCCAUUUCUGUUAUGCUGCAUGAAGACUUGUCCGAGGCUGUCUGGUUCUCUUGACGUUGAGUCGAAACGUUCAUUGCGUUUUUUUUUAACGGCAGGGUGAUAAUAGUUGCAAUUUAGAGCCAUCUAUGGAAGUUUAUGGAAGUCUUUCUAUAGUUAACUAAAUCUACUUUAUUUAGUGUAACUUUGACUGCCUCUCGCUGUAACCUUCCUGGUUAAGCAUAUCCAUUGCUUUGAUUUGACGCGAAUAAUACCAACUACUGUUUACUGUGUGAAUUUGACGCAACGCUUGAAUGCUUUCAAGCCUAUUUAUUUCAAACUUGUUACCAUGCUUCGGUUCAUCAGUCUUUACGUCAUUUAUAAUGCCCAAUAAUAAUUUAUUGCUAGAAGUUUGCCCACGUGUUGUGCACGUUGCUCUUAUACUGUUCCGAUCACAAUUUUUUAUAGAUUACCUCAAAGCAAUUGACGUUUUCGCUGCAGGUUCAUCUUGGGGAUUCCUGUAAAAAUCGAGUUGAACAUUGACACUUGUCGGCGAUGUCAGAUUUGUUCCUUCGUUCUGGUAGAUGGUAGUUCAAUCGAUGUAUUAUACAUUUUAAUGCUAGCUUUAGACAUCAUAACCUUACAUCACGAAAAAAAUACAAAAAUAUUGCUAUAAGAUUAAAAGCGUUGUACUGUGUUAAUGUUUUCUUAGAUUUAGGUGGUACAAAAACGGACAAAAUACAAAAAAGAUAACUACUUUAGAAUUAGUGUUUUUGCACGGAAAGUCCAUGAUCUCUGCCGCAUAUUUCGCUGUCCCUUGAAACUAACAAUUUUUUUGUAUCUCUAUGGAUCGUCAUAAGAAGGACAUUAUUUGGUACUUUUUUUCAAAACGAGAAUUCUUCUCCCAGUUUUCAAGCAGCUCUUGAACAAACUUUUUUUCUAUCGCAAUUUUUUAGGACCACAAUACGUUUCUGCUCGAAGGCAAGGCGUUUACCGCGCGUCACCUUGAAUUGCCAUGCGUUACACUGAGAAAAAUGAGCGAUACUUGUACAAAUAGCAAUGCACUUUUUCUUCCCUGUGUAGGUCAUCCUGGCCUGGUUAGGCUCGCCAAGAGAGUGCAUCAGUGCUGCGAUCGCUCUCUGCUCUUGUUGUGGGUUAGAAAGUGUGUCAUUAGAACAAUAUGACCCACUCAUUUUUCUAAGUGUAAUUUUAGCAAUCACAUCUCAAAAUUUACUAAAUCUCUCAGAGCUAAAUCGUCUCUCAAAUUCCUUCACUUUCUCCUCUAUUUUUUCCUGAUAUAAUUUGUGAAGAAAUCCGCAAUAUGGGCCGUCUUUGACAAGCGACAGUAGACGCUAAAAUUAUCGCCAUCUGCAAUAUUAAUAUUAUUUAAAAACAUGAACCAAUACUUUCAUUGUUAUUGGCUCGUCAUCUGCAAUUUGAACAUUCUUUCUAAACAUGAGCGAAUGGAUGAUUCAUCAAGACGAAUUGAACAUUUAGUCUGAACUAGGGUCAAUAUCUGGUUAAUAAUACCCUAUGACGUGAUGCCUGUGAUAUCGUUUCAGCAACUCGUCGAAUUUUACCCUUCUAUUUCCCACCAGUUUGAUUGGACUCCGCAACUUGUUUUCUGUACAUAUAAUUAUUACGAUUAAUAUCAUUAGUGAUGUGCACUGCAGUGUUAGUGCAUUAGUUUUGUGUCACUGCAAAGUGUUUGUGUGUCUACUCUCUUUCACGCCACGUGCUGACUGACGUAACCAUGAUUGAAUUAAUACAUGUAUUAAUUCAACCAUGGACGUAUCUACUUUCAUACUUCGCAGCGAGUGAAUUUCACGUGUGAAAAUUCCUUGCUCAGUGUGAAGCGUACAGAAAAUCUUCAGUUUACUUAGAUAGUUUCUUCUAAAGUUUAUGGUGAUAAUCAUGUACAAUGCAGAGCACUCGGCUGAGUUCCUGGACAGCGGGAGAAAUUGUUAACCCUAAAUUGUGGUGCAAGAUUUCCACGUAAAUUUAUUCAGAAUUUCUAGCAAGAUGGUUUUUAUUUGAGCUUAUUUGUAACACUCUAAGAUUGAUUUAUGCAUGAACUUCCUUUCGAUAAUAACAACCGUGAUAUUUAUGAUGCAAAUUUAUUUACUCGUUUGAUAUUUUUUGAUCAGUUUUUAUGUCAUGCGACAAUUGCGAUCUGCGUUCAAGUCUAUUGUAAAGGCUAUGUCUGUUUGUCCUGACGGCUAUGUUCUUUAGUAUGAGAUUUACAAUAUCAUCAUUUAUGAUCAUUAUUCAGGUCAAGCCGAUGCUUAAGCGCAAUUAGUCGAGUUCAAUUAGCUCAUGUUUUUCACAUCCUCUAUAUUCCUCUUAGUGCAUCCAUUAUUGAUUCAAUUACUAAUGCCGUAAUUAUUUCUUAACAAAAUUAUUCAAUCCGGCCCAUACAAUUAAAAUGAAUUAAUUUUGGUGAAUUUCCGGUUAAAAUCUCAGCUGUUUGUUUAUGGGGAUUUCUGCGGAUGAUUGCAACUCUGGUGUGAUCCCUUCAGUACAACUCGCUGAAGUUGCGAUGUGAGAGCUCGUUAUAUUCGGCACGCAAAUAAUAUUUCAGCAUUGUCGAUGGACAGGCAUUACUCUUAACAAACAUUUAAUAAAUGGUACACUGGA